AUGAAAUGGAUGGAAGACUACAUUAACGCCGUCGACGCCCACAAAGCGCUCGACAACGAGCCCUACUCCAACUGGGUUUCAUCCUCGCACAUUUUCACCAAAUCCACGGGCGAAACCAUCUCCGGCGGCGCCGCCUCCUGGACAACGCUCGGCAAAGAGCUCUACACGCCCUUCGCCUCGCAUCUGCACGACCCGUUCCUCCUCCUAUGUUGGGAAAACGAGGAAGGCUGGGAAAUGUUUGGCGCCGCGACGCUGUAUUGGAAUUUAGCUGUUAGCGGAGAUGGGCAGAAGGUGAAGGACCGCAAGGGUAGGGAGUGGGAUGGCGCGGGCCCAGCGAGCUUCAAGUCUACGUAUGUUAGGCAGGAUGGUGAGAUUAGGUUGGCGGGGACGCAGAUUUUUGCGGAUCAGACGGGUGCUAUGAGGACGAUGUUGAAGAGGGGGAUGUUGAAGCGGGAGGAUUUGUUGAAAUAG